UGCUAAAAGGCUUGCAAGAAGCGUUUGAGGAAAGCUCCAUGGAAAUGUGUGAGCGGAAUCCUUUAAAUCCCGGCUAUGUUGGUUCUCUGUUGAAUUUCGCUCCCCCUGAGUCGCUGUAUUUCUCCAACUUGCGCGGUAAUGGAGCCCACAUACCCGGGCUGCAUCAGCUCCCUUACAAUAGGAGAGAGGUGUGCACGCUCCCGUGGACUUCCUCAAGUUCGUGCGCGUCUGGGCCAGCGGCACCGCCACCACAGAGCCGCGCCUUCGGAGGCUACUGUCCGCCGUUUCUGUCCAAUUCGGUGCCUAUAAACACGAACUCGUCCGGCGGCCACGUCAAGGCGCAUUUGGAGGAGUCCGCUCAGUGCUUUCAGGACCACAAGACGGAGGAGGCUGGGAGGCAGGAUGAAGUUUACGCCGGAGAGCACGGGGUCCGCGCUUAUUCAGACCUGGACAGCCGCUCUCACGGUUCUGCGGCGCAGCUCGAUCCGGAUUCAGCAGGUCCAGUCAGUGUGGACGGUCCCAAACAGGAGCAGAAUCCCAUUCACACACCAUCAAGUAACACAUGCUCCAGGACCAGUUUUGCUCAAGGUGCCCCGUGGUGCUCGUCACAAGUGAAAACAAGAAAGAAGAGGAAGCCUUACUCGAAGCCACAGCUCGCUGAACUUGAGAAUGAAUUUAUGAUGAAUGAGUUCAUCAACAGACAGAAACGCAAAGAGCUGUCAGACAGACUCGACCUGAGCGACCAACAAGUGAAAAUCUGGUUUCAGAACCGGAGGAUGAAGAAGAAACGACUGAUGAUGCGCGAACAGGCUUUCUCCGCAUACUGAUGACCUUUGGACUUGAUCAUGACCAGCAGCGCAUCAAUAUCACAGCUCAAUAUGCUGCGUUAGCCCUGUCUGCUAGAAAUCACGUCUUACGUUUCUAAAUUGUUUUCUCAAUUACAUUGAAGUUGCAAACGUAGACACCGACUGGAAUAUGCUGAGAUGCAUUUUUUUAAAAUUUUUUUUUUAGUUUUUUAGUGACUGAAGCUCUGCAUUUAUGAACUGGAAGGUGUCUGUGGUGGAUAACUGGCGUAAAAAAGCGCACGAUUGGUUAUGACAGAAAAAGCACUUUGGUUAAGAUUACGAUAAGGCAGAGAUAUUGGUUAAAUGUAAAUAAUCACAUUGUGUCACAUUAUAGGCCACGUUUCAUUUAAUCCAAAAAUUUAAGAAAUUCAGUUGUGAGGAAAAACAAACAGAUAUUUGCAUUACGCAUGAAGAUAAAGCGAAUUUUGGCUCUCAGGUGAACCAAAUGCGCAGCAGGCCAAAGCCACUGUCUGGCCUGUAACUGCGGAUAAUUAUGAAUUUGCAACUUCUUUCUUAUCCAACACAAAUGUGACACGUAUUUAAACUGGAAUGCGGAACGAUACGUUUUUGUGUGUUUUGUCUUACAGCCCGCAAGUGUCGUGUAGGCUUAAUAUGGGAGCAAACAUUCAAGUUCAUGUUUACGGUUGCGAACAUUAUCAAAAGUCAGUAUUGCGAAGUAUAUUAUAAAUGCAUGCCCUUUUCCUAAUUGCUGUUAUUUAAUUAAAUGUCUGAUUUCCCCAAUUUGACUGUAAUUCUGUAAAAAAAAAAAACCCAAAACAAAACAAAAAAAAUCUACAAAAAAUUAAUGUCACAUUGCUCAUGUUCUAUGUGGCCGCGUCCUGUAGGAGGUUUAUCUGUGGAGGAAGAGAUUUGCGCCUCAUUUAGUGCUGAAAGGUGUUUACUUCUUAUGCCUGCGAAACAAGUGAGUUUGUGAAUGUGAAACAUUCUGAUGGUGUUAUUUUAAAACUACAUUAUAUUUGUUGUAAAUGAAGCGUGGAUUGUUAUUGCUGUACCUCUGCAUUGCCACAAAACCCCGUGGAUAUGACGCACAUCCAGUGGUUGCAUCAGAAUCACUCCUGGUUUGCAGAUUCCAGUUUUUAUAAAUACAUAAUUAAUGUAUAUUUUAGUUCAAAUUUGACUCUAUUAAAACUAAUUUCAGAGAGCAUGUUAUUGACAAUAAGAAUGAAACUUACACCAGCCAUCAUUUUAUUCACGGACAAUAGGUUUUGUAAAGUGGAUGCAACAUGAAGAUGAAUUCAUUUGUAAAUAAAGAUCCUUUUAAAAACGA